AAUCUGAGCCAGGAACAUGAUUAAGUUUAUAAUAUUGGAAAAAUAUGAUGUUAUCCCAAAGACAACGAGGCAGUUGCCAUAGCUCCCAAUAGUUCUUAUCAAAGCUCAGCAGUAUCAUCAUCAUUGUUAUUACUCUGUGCUAGCAUUUAAACUUGUGUAAUAUUUCUAUUUGCUUUCACCUGUUCUUAGGAACUUGUUAAAUCUUCAUUGGAGUCAGACAGGACGCUGCCAUGAACCAGACAGGCUGCCCUGAGGUCAAGGUCCCAUUUCCCGUCUUCUUCACCGUUGGAAUCGUCAGCCUGGCUGAGAACCUGCUGGUCGUGGUGGCGGUGAUGCGCAGCAGGAACCUCCACUCGCCCAUGUAUUGCUUCAUGUGCAGCUUGGCUGCCUUCAACACCAUCGCCAGCGUGACAAAAACGUGGGAAAACCUGAUGAUAGUUCUUGCUGAUGCGGGACACCUGGAGAGGAGGGGUCCUCCUGAGACCGACCUAGAUGACGUGAUGGACUCCCUGCUCUGCAUGUCAUUUGUAGGCUCCAUAUCCAGUUUCCUGGCCAUUGCUGUUGACCGUUACAUCACCAUCUUCCAUGCGCUACGCUACCACAACAUCAUGACCAUGCAGCGAACUGCAGCCAUCUUGGGGCUUAUCUGGACAUCAUGUGCAGUUCUGGCUGUGCUAAUGGUGAAGUUCUUCAACUUUAAGUUCAUCAUGAUCUGCUUCAUUGUCUUCUUCGUCGUCUCCCUGGCAGCCAUCUGCUUCCUCUACGUCUACAUGUUCAUGAGGGCCCGCAUUCAUGCCAAGAACAUUGCAGCGCUUCCUGGUGGUGGCAGGGACAAGUCUCAGCAUCAGAGGAGGUGGGGCAGCAACAUGCGAGGCGCUCUCACUCUCACCAUCCUGUUCGGGGCGUUUGUGGUGUGUUGGGCACCGUUUUUUGUCCACCUGGUCAUCAUCACAGUUUGCCCUAUGAAUCCGUACUGUGAAUGCUACCGGUCCUUGUUCGAGCUGCAUGUGGUGCUGAUGAUGAGCCACGCCCUCAUAGACCCGGCUAUCUACGCUUUCCGCAUGGCUGAGCUGCGGCACACCUUCAGAAAGAUGCUGUUUUGCUCUGACUGGAAAUUUUGCUUGUAACAGAAAUGUAUCUAACCUGCUCCCUGUUGUGCUAAUGAUCAUUUUUGUCUUUGAGUCUUUCAUUGGCAGGGGUUAAGUCACUAUGUGGUUCCUGUGACAUGUGUCACCAAACAGCUGAGGCUAACAGAGGGUAUGAACCUACAUCACUCUUGUUUGCAUUGCUACUUGGACAUUUGGUCAAUGGACUUUGAGCAUACAAACCACAUGUUUGAACUUUUCAUUUGUUGUCCUUUUGGUCUCACCGGGGAUCCCUAUGACCUGAAAGUGAUUCCAUUGUUGGCAACUUACUCUUUAAAGCAGCAGCAGCAGCAGCAGCAGCAGCAGCAGCAGCAGCAGCAGCAGCAGCAGCAGCAGCAGCAGCAGCUAUUUAUAUCAAAAUGUUAUUUACCUAAAUGUCUACAGGUCCUGACAGUGCAACAUCUGACAGAUCAUCUGUGAAAGAAAUCCACCUCCUCCUGCUGUCUGCAGAAAUGCAUUGCUGGCUGCCGGUCAGAAGCAACCAAUCACAGCCAGAAGGAGGGUCUCAGCGCUGUAAAUCAUGCUUAUGUAUGCACUGCCGAAGAUUAACAGUGGAGAAACAACUUAUUGCUGGCUAUGCUAGCUAGGCUGAGCAUUAAGGGCAGGCUCUGCGGUGGGCAGAAAGCAAGGAGGAAUGGAGUGAGCAGUGCGUACAUGAGCCUGAUUGAUGGUGCAAAGACUCUAUUCCUGGCUCUGCUUGGUAGUUUCUGACUUAGUGAUGUAUUUCUGCAAUAGAAGAUUAUGUGUCUGUCAUGAGAUUCUGACACUUUUU